AUGACAGCAGGAGAAAACCCUUUUGCAUCGAACACCUCUUCUCUCCAAAACCAGCUUAGAGAAAAGGAUAAGGAGCUUGUGUCUGCUAAGGCUGAAAUUGAGGCUUUGAGAACAAAUGAAGAGCUCAAGAACAGAGCAUUUGAGGAGCUUAGCGAAAACUUGAGGAAGUUAGAGGAGAGACUUGGAAUCUCUAAGAAUCUUGUUGAACAAAAGGAGGUUGAGAUGAAGAAGCUAGAAGAAGAGAAAGAAGAUGCAUUAGCAGCACAGGACGCUGCAGAGGAAGCACUGAGGAGGGUUUACACUCACCAACAGGAAGAUGACUCACUCCCCCUUGAAUCCAUCAUAGCUCCUCUUGAAGCUCAGAUCAAGUCUCACAAGCAUCAGAUCUCUGCUCUUCAAGAAGACAAGAAAGCUUUGGAAAGGCUGACAAAAUCAAAAGAAUCAGCGCUUCUUGAAGCAGAGAGAAUCUUGAAAAGUGCACUUGAACGUGCUUUGAUAGUUGAGGAGGUCCAGAACCAAAACUUUGAACUAAGAAGACAAAUUGAGAUAUGCCAGGAAGAGAACAAGUUUCUUGAGAAAAUCAACCGUCAGAAAGUGUUGGAGAUUGAGAAGCUCUCACAAACCAUUAGAGAAUUGGAGGAAGCUAUCUUGGCAGGAGGAACAGCUGCAAAUGCAGUUAGAGACUAUCGUCGCCAAAUCUCUCAGCUCAAUGAAGAGAAGAGAACCUUGGAGAGAGAGCUAGCAAGAGUGAAAGUGUCAGCAAGUAGAGUGGCUCUUGCCGUUGCCAACGAGUGGAAAGAUGAGAAUGAUAGAGUAAUGCCUGUAAAGCAAUGGCUUGAAGAGAGAAGGCUUCUCCAUGGAGAAAUGCAGAAACUGAAAGAUAAACUAGCUGUUUCAGAGAGAACAGCUAAGGCUGAAUCACAGCUAAAGGAGAGGUUAAAGCUGAGGUUGAAAACAAUAGAAGAUGGCUUGAAGAGUCCAAACAUGUUUUCUGUCUCUCCAACAACUGCAAAGGCUGAAAAACCUGGCAAGAUUUUAGGAUUCUUGACUAGUGGUGGUGGUGGUGGAUCAAAGAAAAGGUCUACUUCUCAGCCACGUGGCUCACUUACAGGCAGAAUCCAUGCUCUAAAUCAGACGAUUAACAGAGUUGAAGAAAGAGAUGGAAAAGAGAACUCAAAGGUUACAUCAAACGGAUCAGUUGAUCAGCAUGAAGAAGAAGAAGAAGAAGAAGAAGAACAAAGGAAAGCUAAUGAAGAUGGAAAUGAAGAUAUGGUUUCAGGUUUUUUGUAUGACAGGCUUCAGAAGGAAGUAAUUGCUCUCAGAAAGAUCUGUGAGAGUAAAGAGGGUACUAUAAAUGCGAAAAGUGAAGAAAUCAAGAUGUUGUUGAAGAAGGUGGAUGCUCUAACGAAAGCAAUUGAAGUGGAGACAAAGAAGGCAAAGAGGGAAGCUGCAGCGAGAGAAAAGGAAAACGCAUUGGCCUUGUUGAAUGAAGAGACAAAACGAUGUAGAAAGGCAAACUUACCGAGAAGCCGUGUACACAAGUAA